AUGCACUUUCCAGUCCCAGAUCCUAAGCGCAACCGCAUCGCGCAAGCGUGCUCCGGAUCUGUGGCACCGGAUGUACCCUCACUACUCACUAUCGCGCCUGAGCUACGCAACCAGAUCUACGAGUAUCUUCUUGUGGAACCCUGCCCUAUAACGAUCGAGAUCACCACGGUUGAGUACACAAAGACCAAGGUAACCAAAGGGACUUCUACCUCCAUAGGAAGCUCUGCUAUCCUUCGUACUUGUCGUCAGAUCUAUCAUGAGGCAGUCGGUCUCCUUUACAGCCGGAAUGCGUUCCGCUUCCAACACAACAUACAGGACGACCUUUUCAAGGUUAAGAUCAUUAGUCCCAUCAACGUAUGCAAAAGAUGGAUAGGAGACAUUGGCUCCUGUCUUCCGAAACUGCGCACUAUCAGCAUUAACCUGAACGUGCCCGAGAUACCGGAGAAGUAUGAAGAUUGGAUGUUCGGAAGAGAUGUGCGCAAAUAUUCCCGUCAGGCGAUAGACGUCUUGCCUUUACUGGACGUCUUCUGGAACAGCGACACACGCAACACAUCAGUCAUGUUUGAAAUGGCCGAGGACGAUGAAUUAGAUGACUACGAAUCCGACUUCGAAGAGGAACAGCAUGACGCAUCAUCCAUCGCCAACGUUCUUUCUGAGCUAGGAAAAAACGAUGCACUCGAUUUGCAGAAAACGCGUCGCUUGCUCAAAUCUGUCUAUCUGUAUACGUCCGGUACCAGAGGCAGGAUUGCGUAUCGAUCGACUGACUGGGGAGGCUCUAUGUGGCACGCGUUUGAGAUGUCAAUGGUGACUCGGCGAUACCAAAUUGUUCCUCGGACAAGCCCCUUGACUAUGUUCGAUUUAUCUUACCGUGUCCAAGAUACCAUCACUCGUCUUGCACUUGGCGAUCACGAAUUCACGUACGAUUUCCACAACGGUGUCACGCUUGGCCAACAGCCCGGCAUGCUCAAAGUCAAUUCUCAGCUUCGCAAUCUCGUUGCACCAUCGUUUCUACGCCAAAGCCGCUUUACCUUACUUCUGCGUACUGGUUCCAUCCAAUCCUCCAAGGCAAUGUUCAAGAGACUUGAUUCUCGCGUUUCGGAGACUUAUGCGCAGACGAGAUCAAGAUACUAUGAGUCCCUAAAACUCUGUAAUCCGGUUACCGCAAGCAAAUGGCACGGGAACGUACCGACCAUCAUCUUGCAGUUCCAGACAAGCGAGGCGCCGCACCUAGCUGCCGUUCAGAUUGAUGCAUGGGAUCUCCUACGCGUCACUUCGGUUUUCCCAGCCAACACUGCGAUUAUAAUUCGCGUGUGCGGUGGCGAAAACGAGAUCCAAGAUCAUACCACAAGGUUGAGCGCUGUUCGAAAGGAUACCUACCGGCUUUUGAAGCAUCUGGAGCCAGAAACAGCUGCAGAAACCCGCAAGCUAAGUGCUCAAGUUGAGCUGAACAAGCAGUGUGUCCCCAUGCGAGCUACGAUCCGGAGGACCGGGGAAGGCAUGCAACGUUCCGUUGUCAACAUGGUGAAGAUUUCGGACUCGGCGGACCUCGUCUUGUUAUUUGACAAGCGCAAUCCUAGCUGGUGCAAACAACUAGACAGUCCAACAAAAGAUAACCCAAAUCUGAUCUGCUUCGGUUGGCUAUCACGGGACGGAGACUGGGACGCCUGGGAGAAUAAGACGAUGCAUGACAUUCUUUGGCGUCUUUGGCACCUCUGCCUUUAA